GCUCGCUGUGCGCCCACGACCGUGCGGAGGACGGCAAGAUCGCUUCUUCACGGCCGUUGUUUUUUAGGAAACCCAAGUAGAGGGGAAAGGAGCCGCUCGCGAGGAAGCAGAAUUACAGUAGCGAGUGUUUGUCCAAGUUUGACGGGCGGCUUCAAUUGUAGAUCGUUUCCAGUGCCAUCCCGCAUUGCUUGACCGUGUCAACUGAAUCCUCGCAAAGCGACCCCAGUCUGGAGUAAGAAGAAUUUGAGAUAUGCUACGUUUUGAAGACUGGUUUUGGGGUACACCAGCCGACCCAACAGCUGGCGUGCAUGUGCUCCAUGAGCACUACCAAAUGGGCGUCACCGAAAUUGAGGAAUUAUUGGCGUUUUUGACUCAAAGAAAAACAGCAGAAGAACAGUACGCAAGCAAGCUAACCGAAUUGAGUCAGCUAAAGCCACGAGCAGACGGGUUUGGAAAGGACGAGUCUCUUCUUGCACAAAUCUUUGGCAAUGCCAAACAAGAAAUGGCGAACCUAGGAACAUGUCACAAACAAGCCGCCGAUCAAAUUUCCCAACUAAUUCAUCCCCUUCAACGAUUCUUGGAUGACAACCGCAAGCUCUCCAUUGUCCGUAAAGACAAAAUCGACUCAACCUGGAAAUCCUUGUCAGGGCAACGCUCAGAGCUGGAAGGACUGGUGCAAGACUACAAGACAAAGUGCAGUGCUGCUGAUGUAGAGCAACGAAAGUUCGAGCAGAGUCGAUCUGAGCACGAUUUGCCGAGUAUGGAUGUGAUGAUCAGUAUGGGGCCGAGAUCAUUCACGGUGGAGGAUUUUAAUACUUUGCUACUGAAAAUGCAGAGAGAGAUAAGAACGCAGGACGUCAAAUCUCUUUGGGGAUCUUCGAAAAACUGCUUUUCGGGCGAUGAUGCACUUCAGUACCUUCGUGUCAAGCUACACCUGGAUGAAGAAGGAGCCAUAUCGAUGCUUUCUCAAAUGAUUAAUGAAGGAUUCAUUCGCAAUAUAGGACGAGGGCAUCGCUUCAGUACCUCAAGUCACUACCAGUGGAAGCGUCUCUCCAUCGAAAACGAACCGUUACAUCGUAAAACUCGGCGAGAAGCCGAACGAGCCGAUUUUGAAUAUCGAAAAGCGGUCGAAGCCACUGAAGAGACGCGACUAUUCUUAGAGAGCGCCUGUUGGGAGUAUAUGAAUUCUCUUCAACAUGUUGAAACCCGUAGAAUGGAAAUAUUUAAAGAAUCUUUAUUGGGGUUGAAUAAUGCUGAGAAGAGUAUUAUCGCCGGCACGCGGAAUGUAUGCGAAAGAAAUCAAGUUUACUUGGAGACCCUUAGCCCGGCAAAGGAAAUCGAAAUCAUGAUUGAGUCUCAGCGAACUGGAAAUGUACGGCUACCACCAGCUGUCUAUCAUAACUAUUAUGGAAACUCUUAUCGAGAUCCGGUAUUUGGCGUCUCUCUUGAAGAUUAUGCUGCAAGCAGAGGGCGGAAAGUACCCUUGCUAGUCAAGAAGUGCCUGCGCGCUAUCGAAGAUACCCGGCAGGGAGCUACUGAGCGGGGUGAGGGGCCAGAAGUCGAUCUCUGGCUGGAACCGAAUUCCAAUAUACCAGCGCUCCACGCUCUCCGCACUGAUCUCAACAACUCCAAAGCCAGUCUCAAAUACCUGCGGCGUCUUCCCACUUCGUUGAUAAUAGGUGCUCUGAAACUUUACCUAAUCGAACUUCCCACAUCAGUCUGCUCCGACGAAAUUUAUGAACCUCUCAAACUACUGUAUUUGAGCAAAGCGGAUGAUUUCGGUCCAAUGAGAAUAGCCUCCCUAAGGAGCUUGCUGGCCACGAUGCCUCCACCUCAUUACUGUACCUUGAGACUUUUGUCAGAGCAUUGGCAUAAGUUAAUCGCGCAAUUGGAUCCGGAGGAUCCGAAGAUAAGCGACUUUGCUCAAAACCUAGGGCAUUAUGUGUUGCGGCCUCGGGUGCAUACGCAAAUCACUCUACAUGAUAAACAUCCGGUCCGAAUGAUGAAGGAUCUUCUCUUAAACCACGAUAAAAUCUUUUCCCUUGACGAGCCACUAGAGCUCCCUGACCCACCAGACGAUGGCCGUUCAUUCCGCUCUGUCCAUAUUUCCGAUCUCGAAGAUAGCGAAGAAGAAGAUAUCGAUGAAACAGCAUCAACACGAGCGCUCUACGAUGCCUCCAGCAGGGUCACUGGUGUCACGAGUGGGUCCUCAUCUGAAAGGUCGAUGCGAACAGGCUAUAGUCUUACCCUCGUAGGCGACAAUUUGUCAGAUAGAAGAGCGAGCCUGUCGGACAGAGGGGUAAGUUUGGCGAGCUUGACGAUGGGAAGUUUUCUGGCCAAUGGGCUCAGAAGAGACAGCACAGAGAGUCAUCGGUCUGGUGCUACUAUAGGAGGGGCAAUCCGUAGUGUAGGAGAUCAUGUGAAUGUGCCAUUGGGGGUGGACAGAAGGGAUAGCUCGGAUAUUGCGCCUAGUUCUGUGGGUCGUCGAUCAUCGUCUUCCUUCAGUGAGCAUCCUACGGCGACGCCCGCUACGGGUCUUUUGACGCCGGUAGCGGGGGAUAGCGAUGAUGAGGAUCUGGAUAUUCAAAUCUCCGCGGAUGGGAUUGUAACGAGCAGAACAAGCAGCGCGAGUGGGAGUGCAGUUGACUUGCUCACCGGGACGAAUUCAGUUUCUGGUGGUAGCGAUGAAAUGGUAUCUCCUUUGGUGGAGCUGCCAGCACUGAAAAUUGUUGAAGAUGGGAAUGAGUCUGAGGACAUUGACGUAUUUUCAGGCAGAGUAGAGUUGGCCUAAUGCAAGUUCCGGUUUCGAUUAUGUGUUUUCAUAUAGUUAUUUCGCUUGGGCACGAAGCCUCUACAUAUGUUUGGAAAUGGGGGGAUUGUUGUUACCCUUUACGACGGAUGUUUUGUCAUGGUUCUAUACAAUUCAAUAUAUUGUACAUACAAUCCAGUAG